GGUCAGAGGCAGGGUUGCCGCAGGGAGGGAUCCCAAUUCCCAAACCAUCCUGCGGCGGCUACUCUCGGGGAGUCCAUCCUCUGCUUCUCUGCUGUUUCCUGUGACAAGUGAACUCGCCGGCGGCCAGGUGAGUCCGACGCCCGACGACUGUUCGGCGAAAUGCCUCCAGGGGAACAGAACGUGAGUGCGCCGCCGGUGAGAGCGGGUGACCGCAUCGGCGCCCUCCCCGACGAUAUCCUCCACCACCUCCUCUCCUUCCUCCCGGUGCAGUCGGCCGUGCGGACGUGUGUGCUUGCUCGGCGCUGGCGCCACCUCUGGAAGUUCACCACAGGCCUGCGCAUCGUCGGCGUUCUGAGACAGGGGCCUGUCCAGGAACUGCGGAAGUUCCUGGACCAUCUGCUCAUCCUGCGUGAGCGCAGGGUCCUAGACACCGUUGAGAUCAAAUUCAGCAAAUUCUUGAAAGAUGACGUGCCCUAUGUGAACCUAUGGACUCGAUGUUCUGUGCAAUGGGGAGUUCGUGCGCUCACCCUUCAUAUCAAUCACUACGAACAUCUCUACCUAGACGGCCUGCCUCUUGUCUCUAAGCAUCUGAACAUAUUAGACCUUUAUGGUGUAGGCCUACAAAAGAAGUCCCUUGACUUCUCUUGCUGCCCGGCAUUGAAGGAUCUGAAAAUGAAAUUUUGUGAGAUCCAUGUUCAUAAGAUAUCGUCCUGUUCCCUGAAGCGCUUGAGCAUCAUUUAUUGCCAGUCCAAACUGAAUUGCCAGGUCCGUGUAUGUACUCCAUGCCUCAUCUCGCUGGAACUAGAUAAAUUUUCAGGUAGAACCCCUUUUCUUGAGAACAUGGUGUUGCUAGAGAACGCACGUGUGGAUCUUGGCAAUUCCUGUGAAAAUUUCUGUUUGAAUUAUGACGAAUUUGGCUAUUUCUGUGGAGAUAAUGAUAAUGGAUGUGAGAAUUGUGUUGCUAAUAAUGAUGGCAGCAACGAAUGCGUGCUAUUGGGUGGUAUCUCAAAUGCUACACAUAUGGAGUUGAUAUCUGAAUCUGACAUUUUUAUUUUCACAAGAGAUUUGAAGCGGUGCCCUACAUUCAGCAAGUUAAAGACUCUAUUACUCAACGAAUACUGGUGCAUGGCUCCUGACUUGGAUCCACUAGCUUGCAUUCUGAAGAACUCACCAAUUCUAGAGAAGCUCAGUCUUCAUCUUUUUUCCAGUGUAUGA